AUGGCAAUGGCAGAAAAGAGGCCUAGAAUUAAUUGGAAACAAAUAGAAGGUGUUGAAAAAACAUUCCUUGAAGCUUGUAUUCAUGAAAUUACAACUUACAGACGUGAAGGGAGUAGUUUGAAAGCAAGCUCAUGGAAGAAUGUAGCUGAAAGAUUGAAAACAGAAUACAAUUUUGUAGUUGAUCAAAAGCAGAUGAAAAACAGAUACGACUACCUAAAAGCAAAGUUUGGUGCUUGGUUGAAAUUAAAAAACAAAAUAGGCAACUUGAACAAAAUGGUAGAAACAUUGAGAACUUCUCCACUAGUGUACCCUGAUCUUUGUGUUCAGUUGUUCGAUGGGUCGGCUGCGACUGGCAUUCAUGGAUGGGGGGCAUCUUCUACACUUCCUCACCCUUCUCAUGACUCUCCGGACAUUAAUUUAAGUGACUUUGAUGGUAUCAAUGUUAUUUAUGGAUAUCGAUGA